UAACCUUGCUUCCUGGAAUACCCCCUGGAUGAUUUUCACAUCGUUUUGAAACAAAAAGUCAAGGCUACCUGAUCCAAUAAUUUUUAAAAGUCUUAUGAACAAAAAUACAGUAUGGGUUUUAUAGCCUUAUUUCACUGACUUUUAAACAAACCAUGCAUAAAUACAAUUUUCUCAAAACUGCAAACUUUUACAUACAUGCUGCCCUCAUAUUAUUGUAACGUCUAAAGUCUGAAUACACUAUUCAGCACAAACUCUAUGAAAAUGUAACCAAGGCCCCGAUAUACUUCAAAUGAAAUCGAAGAACGAACUGAUGUGACAUCAUUUUGAACAAAAUUAGGCCAAAACGAAGUUAUUUUGUGUUCUUUUUGGAAGUUCGAAACGGUUUGCCAAAGCGAACUUUCAGGAAAAUUUCGUUUCAGCUGCAAAACACCUUCAUGCCACCAUUGGUCCGUGACAAUAACGUAACAGGAGAUGUGCACUGAGGCUCCGCCUUCAUUUUCACGGAAGUCUUCUCUGACUCAUUUGAUCUGUUGAGGUCAUUGAGGUCUCCUUGUUGACGAUAUCAUGAUGUCGGCACUUUUGAUGUACCUGAAGCAGCCGAGCUGCAUCUACUGUGCAUAUCUAUGGUUGGCAACCCUAGCUGUGGUGAAUGCACAGGAAGUGUUACAACCCAAACCUGAUGAGGUACAGAUUUUAAAUGAAGACACUGGAGGACUUCAUUUCUUAGCAGACCAAGGAAACACACAAUAUCCAGCCCUGGCAUCACAGCCCAUUGAAGUGGCAGCUCUAGGAAGACCUCUGUUUCCUGGUAUGCUGUAUGACUGCCGCAAAGAUAGCUUCAUUCCAGGUGUUACUCUGUGGAAUAAGAAGUCACUGAGUGAAGAUCUGGACAGUCGUUCACAGCUCAUGACAGAUUUGAAGUUCAGUAGCUCAGACUCUCUCUCUAGUAAGUCCAGUCUCCUGGAUGUAAGUGCUUCCCUGAAAGCCAGCUUCUUAGGAGGGCUGGUGGAGGUGGGAGGAUCUGCCAAGUUCCUGCGUGAUACCAAAUCCUCAAACCAACAGUCCAGAGUCACAAUGUAUUACAAAGAAACCACCAAAUUCGAACAGCUCACGAUGACUCAGCUGGGCCAGAUCACUUACCCUCAGGUGUUUGAGCAGAAAACUGCAACUCAUGUGGUCACAGGUGUACUAUACGGAGCUCAGGCCGUCAUGGUGUUUGAUCUGACAUUUUCAGAAGAGGAAAACAAGCAGGAAAUUGAGGGAGAACUGAAUAUCAUGGUCAAGAAGAUUCCUCAAUAUUCUAUUGAGGGAAAAGGAGCUAUAAAAAUGAAAGAUAGUGAUAAAAAAGUGAAUGGGAGCAUCACCUGCACAUUUCAUGGUGACUUCCGCCUUGAUCAGAACCCCACCACUUACAUGGAGGCCCUAGACGUGUACAAGAAGCUCCCCAAUAUACUGAAGGAGAAUCCAGAAAAUGCAGUUCCAAUAAACGUCUGGCUCUAUCCUCUUUCUCUACUGGAUACAAAAGCUGCUCAAAUGGAGAGAGAAAUUAGCGCACGUCUGGUUUCCAACACUGAAGAUAUAAUGGAGGGGCUGGGACAUGCGGAGAGGACAUGCAAUGACCUCUCCAGAAAAACACUGGUGAAUGUUUUCAGAGAUAUCAAAGAGAGGCUGCAAUCAUUUCAGAGAUCAUUCAGCAUUUACAAGACAAUGCUCCUGAAAGCUGUCAGCAGAGUCUUGCCUGCUAUACGAGGAGGAGGGAUGGAGGAGAAGUCACUGGAAGACAUCCUGAAGAUCCACUACAGUUCCCCUUUUAAUGCUGACAAGUUUAACCAGUGGUUAGAUCGUGCAAAGUCUGAACUUGACUUCUUGAGUUUUCACAGCAAGCUGCUGGAGGGAAUCAAAACUAAAGACUUAAACGAUCUCAAGGCCAUCCUCCUUAAUCCUGAUAUUGAUGUUGUGGUGUGCUUGACCUUCACAUCUCUGAAGUAUGAAGACCCGUAUCUUCCAACCCUGAAGGAGUUUGUGGAAUCUGAUAAGUUUAAAGAGCUAGAUGUGGGAACGAAACAGCAUUCUAGCACAUUAGCAUCAGAAGAGUGGUUCAACAACACUGAUGUCAUCUCAAAGAUGAGAGAGAAUUUAUCUCUUUUCAAAAGUUUUUCAGAGGCUAAUAAAGAUGAAAAGAGAUACCGAUUCAUUGUGUCUGCCAUCUCCAAUCCAUCCAGUCCAGGCUCCUCCAUCUAUCUGUAUGAAAAAGGGCAGCUGACAAACAGACAGUUCCAGCCCGUGUCGAAGCCUCCCCCGCCAGAAGCGAAGGAGGUCCUGGAGCGAAGUGUGUCCCUGAAACUGCAGAAGUCCCCAACUGGAGAAACUGUGCAGUACAGAGUGGAGUACCAGAAGGUGAAACCAGCUGAGCAACAGUGGCUUGUCAUAAACACACCUGAAGAAAACUUUACUCUGACUAAGUUGGAGGUUGGAAAUCAGUACUUGAUCCGCUACAGGAUUGUGGGUAAAGUGGGAGUGAGUGAAGCCAGUGACACUAUCAGCCCCAUACUGCCUUUAAACAUUGUUUCCUGGACCAGGAGUGACUUCCUACAAUAUUCCCAUCGGUUCACUCCGGAUCUGAACACAGUGAAUAAAGACCUCCUUCUGUCUGAGGGGAACACAGUGGUUACUAACACUUGGCCAGAGACUCAGUCGUAUCCUGAUCAUCCAGACAGAUUUGAUCUUUCUCAGGUGUUGUGUAGAGAGAGUGUGAGUGAUCAACGCUCUUACUGGGAGAUUGAGUGGAGUGGACGUGGUGUGUCUGUAUCAGUGUCAUAUAAGAGCAUCUGCAGGAUGAGAUGGGAUAAAGAGUGUGUGUUUGGACGUAAUGAUCAGUCCUGGAGUUUGAUCUGCUCUUACUCCAGUUGCUCAUUCAGACACAAAAACAUAGAGAGAGUUCUCCCUGUAAAGCCCAUCAUCAGGAGAAUAGGAGUGUAUGUGGAUCACAGUGCAGGAACCCUGUCCUUCUACAGCAUCUCUGGAGACACAAUGAGCCUCAUCCACACAGUCCAGACCACAUUCACUCAACCGCUCUAUCCUGGGUUUAGGGUUUAUUAUGGAUCUUCAGUGAAACUGAUUUGAUGAAUCAGAACAGAGAGAUUCUACCCAUAAUGCUUUGAGCUGAUAAUGAAUCAGAUGUUAUAGAGUCUCUUCAUUACAUUAAUACUGUGACCUGAAAUGUCAUGUCAGAAUAAAAGUGUGCAACACAGA